UAAGAAUUAGAACAAUAAAGUUUAGAAUGUUCAUCUUACAUAUAAACAUUGUAUAUUUAAACUUAAAUACUAAUCAGACACGGACGGAAAUUAAAAGGGAAAUUAAAAGUAUAAAAAUAAAAAAUUUGAUUACUUUAUAUAAGGUCUCAAUUGAAGAAAAAAAAUAAGAUACAUCCUCGGGGGACUUGAACCGUAGCUGAAACCGUGCAAGUUCGCUACACUAUCAUUGAAAUACAACCUUAUUUGUAAUUAAAAGUUACAAAAUCUUAUUUACUUUUAAUAAUGAAACUUUGAUCAUAUAUAUUUAAAAAGGCAUCAAGUAUCUACCCUUAUUAUAUAAUAUUUUUUUAAACAAGACGUUAAAAUCUACUAGCAUACAAAGUUUCAAUGAAAUCGAUGAAGGUCUUGCGCUCUCCUCGUUAAUGGCGAUUGAUGGCGAUUUUGAAGGUUCGCGUAAACAUGGAAAGGUUUCUCGACACGAGUAAUUCCUAAUCAAAGAGCUUCGGGCGUCUAUGUCGUAAAAUAGAAAAGACAUUGAGCUCAUGAAUCGUACAAUCGAAACUUGUGCUCGUAACCUGAACGCAUUUGCUCUUUCAAGAUGCCUUUUAAAAAGGACUUGCGGCUCGUGUUAAAGCCCUAUUACUUGAUAAACAUCCUGCUCAGCGUUUCGUACAUCGUCUCGAAACGUGUACCGCUUGUUUGUCAUUACAUUUUCGCGCAAACCGACUGCGAACUCGAUGGGAGAGAAACAGAGAUUCUAUUUUUCCUUAUCAUAGUUAUAAUGAUAAGGUCACGGAAAACUGGAAGCGUCACCAUGAUAAACUACUUGUCGUCCAGUUUUGUUUACACCAAAGUUGCCAAUUUGAUUCUUUGGUUCUAUGCAGACAUUCGUAUGGGGAUAUUGUUCGCUGUUAUAUUCAUCUUGUGCGGUUUAAUAUUCCCUGAGCCAACAUACCAAGGCCCAGAGAAUGUGAUCUACCUGCGUGGCGCGAAUGGAUUACAGGAAGAGCUACAACGAGAUGGACGAGUUGUUUGGCUGGUCGCAUUCUAUACGGCGUGGAACCCAGCUUGCGUCAAUUUCGCGCCAAUAUUUUCUGAGCUAUCCGCAGAGUAUGCUUUGGAAAAUUUUAAAUUUGGGAAGGUAGACAUUGGAAGAUAUCCAGAUGCUGGGGCAAAGUAUCACAUCAGCGAUGCCAGCACUAGCAAACAACUUCCGAGCUUGAUUCUGUUCAAGGAAGGCAAAGAGGUGGAAAGGCGUCCUCAUGCUGAUCACAAAGGCAAACUGGUUAAAUUUCUUUUUUCACUGGACAACAUAAAGGCAGCAUUCGAUCUCAACAAUAUUUACAAAGAUUGUAAAAAGAGUCUCCUGAAGAAGAAGGAGAGAAAAACAGUAAAGGCAGAUUAAUGUAAUCUGUGUUUUUUAAACAUUUGUUCAAAUGUUACCAAUU